AUGGCCAAACUACCUUACCAGGAAUCUGCCAACGGGCUGGACGCAGCCUUUAUUGGAGUCCCGAUUGAUACUGGAACUUCCAACCGACCUGGAGCUAGGUUUGGUCCAAGGCAGAUCAGAGUGGAAUCGGCCUUACUUAGGGCCUAUAACAGUGGUACCAGAGCGGCUCCUUAUGAGUCUCUUGUGGUCGCUGACAUCGGGGAUGUCAAUGUCAACAUGUAUGACCUGAAGGACACAUGCAGGCGUAUCAGGGAAACCUACAGCAAGGUGCUGGCUUCUGGCUGCAUCCCUCUAACAAUGGGUGGAGAUCACACAAUUACUUAUCCUAUCUUGCAAGCUGUGACUGAAAAAUAUGGACCGGUGGGACUGAUUCAUGUGGACGCUCACUCUGACACCAGUGAUGUGGUCUUGGGGGAAAAGAUUGGCCAUGGGACUCCGUUCAGGCGAUGUGUCGAGGAGGGCCUACUGGACUGCAAACGAGUGGUGCAGAUCGGCCUUAGAGGUUCAGGCUACUCUGCUGACUCAUACGAGUGGAGCCGGGCACAGGGGUUUCGGGUGGUACAAGCAGAGGAAUGCUGGUUCAAAUCAAUGGCACCUCUAAUGAAUGAGGUCAGGAGUCAAAUAGGCAGUGGCCCUGUAUACCUGAGUUUUGACAUUGAUGCUCUUGACCCGGGCUUUGCCCCUGGAACAGGAACACCAGAGAUUGCUGGGCUAACUCCAAUUCAGGUGACACAGGCCUCCAAGGUGUGGGGAGAGGUCCCUUUGCCAGAUGACUUGGAGAACAAGGAAGCUCAGGCGGCACCGAGUUUACUAGGCGACGACGAGGACUUCGUGGCUGAUGAAGCUUCUGGAGAUCUACCCAGUGGCGAGGAUGAUGGCAGCACACCAUGGCCUCCAGUAUCUGAGAGCACAACUAUUGAUAACUGGUUGGACUCUUCAUAUGUGGUGAACAUAAAGAGUGCAGCCGAGCCAGCCUACAUUUAUUACAGAGCUCUUGUCAACUUCACCGACUCAAUCAUCUACACUCCACAACUGGAGGACAUCUUUUCAUCAGCUUUUAAUGAGAUUUCAGAAGCUGUGGUUGACACGUUGGAGUCAGAAUACAGCAGGAUUCCAGGUGUACAGACAGUCAGCGUGGUCCUCAUUAAGAAAAUUAUUAGAGAGGAUGGCACUGACAUAUUUGUGGAACUGGACGUUGGCUCCGACUACAACAGCAACAGUGAACAGAUCCGAACUGUGUUAUACAGUGUGGUGCAGAAUGGAGCAAUUGCUUCCUAUGUCACAUCAGUGGAGGGUUUUCAGUUCAGAGAACUUGGCGAGGUUCAACCUCAGCCCUCUGUGGAGCCAAUAGCAGCGCCAGUAGUCCCUAGCGUCAGACUGUGCAUGCCGGAUGAGCACAGGUGUGGUGAUGGGACAUGUAUACUGUUGGAAUACCUGUGUGAUAAUCGACCAGACUGCCGUGAUAUGAGCGAUGAGAACAAUUGCGAUACAAGAAAGCCUGUUGCAACCACCCCCGCCCCUAUCACCACAACCGCCAUCGUUAGACCUCCGCAGCCACCCGUCAUUCCAGGACUCUGUCGAGCGGAUCAGGCAAAAUGCCAGAGCGGAGAAUGUAUCCCUCGAGACUACAUCUGUGACGGGGAGUCAGACUGCUUGGACGGAAGUGACGAAUUACGAUGUGGAACUCCGUCGCCAUGUGAACCAAAUGAGUUUAAGUGUAAAAAUGGCCGUUGCGCCCUCAAGCUAUGGCGUUGUGAUGGAGACAAUGACUGUGAGGAUAACUCAGAUGAGUUGGACUGCCCCACAAAGGGUCCUGAUGACAGGUGUGCUCCUGAGCAGUUUGAAUGCCUAAGUGAUCGAACUUGCAUCCCGGCUAGUUACCAAUGUGACGAAGAGCCAGACUGCCCUGACCGCUCUGAUGAAUACGGCUGCACCCCUCCCUCUGUGACGAGCCCACCAGAAGAAUCAGUUCAAGCUGCCCGGGGGUCUACUGUAACAUUCACCUGUCAGGCUGUUGGUGUGCCAACACCCAUCAUCACCUGGAGGCUUAAUUGGGGACACAUCCCUACCAGUGGCAGAAUUUCCAUGACUAGUGAGAACGGCCGUGGCACCCUAACCAUCCGUGAUGUGAAAGAGGCAGAUCAGGGUGCCUACACUUGCGAGGCCAUCAACGCCAAAGGUCUAGUGUUUGGUAUUCCAGAUGGAGUGCUAACUCUUGCAUCCAAUCCCAACCCAGGCAACUGCCCAGACAAUCACUUUAGUGUAGAAGGCCGUUGUGUUUCUUGCUUCUGUGCUGGAAUCACCAAGAAUUGCAAAGCGACUGGACGUUACCGCAAUCAGAUCAGUCUGCGUUUCACAGAGGAGGAAGACUUUAAAGGAGUGAAUGUCAGCUACCCAUCCAGGCCAGGCACUCCUCCUCUUUCUUCCACUCAACUGCUCAUCAACCCUGAGAUGGAAGAGUUUCAGCUCGUAGAUUUGUCACGUCGCUUUCUCAACCUGGACUCAUUCUGGACCUUGCCCCGACAGUUUCUUGGCAACAAGAUUGAUUCCUAUGGAGGAUCCCUGAAGUACAAAGUGCGAUACAUAUUGGCCCGUGGUCUGAUUGAGCCCGUGGAGAAGCCAGAUGUAAUACUCGUUGGAAAUGGUCGCAGGCUUAUAUACCGCAGAGGGAAUCCCGCGCCUGCUGGAGUUGUCAACCAGCGAGAAAUAAAAUUCACCGAGGAAAACUGGCAACACUCCAAUGGACGGCAAGUAAGUCGAGAGGAUCUGAUGAUGACGCUGGCUAACUUGGACAGCCUUAGCAUCCGCACCAUUUAUGACAACCAUAUGGUCAGCGUGGCACUCAGUGAUAUUGUCAUGGAUACCACUACUGUGGAGUUCAGUACUCGGGGACAUGCUAAGGAUGUUGAAGAGUGCAGAUGUCCCCCCGGAUAUUCGGGCCUGUCUUGUGAAAUGUGCUCCUCUGGUUUCGAACGUGUCCCUGGUGGUUCCUAUCUGGGCACCUGCGCUGGGUGUAACUGUCAUGGACAUGCAAGCGCCUGCGAUCCAGUCAGUGGACACUGCCUGAGCUGCCAGCACAACACAGAAGGCCCUCAGUGUGACAAGUGUCGCCUUGGUUACUUUGGUGACCCGAGACGAGGCCGAUCCGAUGACUGCAAGCCUUGCCCUUGUCCAUACUAUGAAACAUCUCGGCGGUUCUCAGAUACCUGCUUCCUUGACUCUGACCAACAGCCAACAUGUGACGCCUGCAAGCCCGGCUACACGGGAAGACGCUGUGAGAAAUGUGCUCCUGGUUACCAGGGUAAUCCCCUUCUGCCAAAUGGAAAAUGUGUUCCUCACCGUGAGCAAACCAAGUGUGAUAACAGAGGAAGCAUCACCUCUAGCAGCAGGCCAUGCAGCUGCAAGAACAACGUGGCAGGCACUUUAUGUGAUGAAUGCAAGCCAGGCUUCUUCCAUCUUUCAGAGAAUAACCCUGAGGGUUGUCUGCGUUGUUUUUGCAUGGGCGUCACCAAACAGUGUGCCAGCUCUACUUGGAGCCGUGAUCAGAUACGAGGAGGAGUAAAUGGGCAGCUCUUUACACUCACCAACAGCGGCAACACUAGAACUAUCAACCAGGGUAUCUCUCAGAGAGGCCCCUCAGACGUUGUCUACCGCUCCUUUUCCAGGAUCCCCAACGACAUCUAUUACUGGGUCUUGCCUGAGAGUUUCAGAGGAGAUAAGGUGACAGCUUAUGGAGGGGAGCUACAAUACACAGUACGUUAUGAGCCACUUCAGCGUUCCCUGGUGAUUGACGGUCAGCCAGAUGUAGUUCUUCAGGGCAAUGGCAUAUCUCUGGAGCACUUUUCCAGAACCAAACACCAACCACGUGUUUCCCAAACGGUUACUGUGACAUUCAGAGAGUCUGCAUGGCGUCGCACUGACGGGCAACCGUGCACACGCGAACACCUCCUUAUGGCGCUGUCUGAUGUUAGCAACUUGCUAAUUAGGGCCACCUAUGCUGACAACAUGGCAGAAAGCGGUAUAUCAGACAUCAAAAUGGACAUUGCUGUUCCACACUCAACUGGAAAUGAACUUGCCCUUGAGGUCGAAGAGUGUGCAUGCCCUCAGGGAUACAGAGGACCAUCUUGCCAGGAAUGUGAAGAGGGUUACACUCGGACCAGUUCUGGUCUUUACCUUGGAACUUGUGAGAGGUGUGACUGCAAUGGGUAUGCCAGCGGCUGUGACCCGGAGACCGGCAGGUGUCUUCAAUGUCGACAUAACACUGAUGGGCCAAGGUGUGAAAGGUGUCAGGCUGGUUACUAUGGAAACCCUGCAGCUGGUGCUGCCCAAGCAUGCCAGCCGUGCCCAUGUCCUGGAACAACAUCCAACAACCAAUUCUCCUCGACGUGCUAUCUGGACUCUGAUGGACAGCCGACGUGUCGUUGUCCCCCCGGAUACACUGGCCGACGCUGUGAAAGGUGUGCACAAGGAUACUCAGGCAACCCAUCGCUCGGACAGAAGUGUGUUUCUGGCAACAAUGAACUCAAUGGUAAUUGCUACAACUGUGACCAAAGAGGAACUGAAAGCUGCAGUGGUGGAUAUUGUCGCUGCAAGAUGAAUGUUGAAGAACCAUCCUGCUCUUCAUGCAAGCCUGGAACUUUCUAUCUUAGCCAGCAAAACAAAGAUGGCUGCCUGUCCUGUUUCUGUAUGGGUGUCACCCAGCAGUGUUCCAGCUCCAAUUACUACAGAGACCUGGUAUCAUCAACAUUUUCGCCAGGGAACUUCCAAGGCUUUGCACUGGUGAACCGUCAACGCACAAACCGCAUCACCACUGGUUUUACAGUUGAGGUUUCCACUGAGGGGACUCAACUAUCUUACAGCAACUUUGACUACCUCGGACAGGAGCCCCACUACUGGCAGCUACCUGGCGUCUUCCAAGGAGACAAGAAAGAGCCAUCUUUUACACGUAUGAAACGAGCAGAACAGGGUGAUGUCAGACAGCUGGAUGAUGAGGUCUGGGCACUCUUCUCAAACUUUUCCAAUCAUCAAUCUUCACUCUCCUCUCGUGUUCCGACAUCCUCCUCUUCUUCAUCUGUCUCUUCUUCUCAAUGGCGUUUGCGUAACCUGAGCCCACCUGUUCGUCCGUCUGGCAUAUCCUCUUCAGUUCGACCAACCCGACCCCAUUCAUACUCUCCAGGCCAUGCUCCUUAUAUGCAGACCGAGAACACAGUUAGCAGGACAAUUGCUCGUUCACCUGGAGUCGGCACCAAGUACUCUCUGGUCUACAAAGGUUUCAGUUUGCAUCAGGACGAUCUGCUCUACUGGCAGCUCCCCGCACAGUUCACAGGGGAUAAGGUGGGCUCAUAUGGUGGAAAACUGAAAUACACAAUAUCCUAUGUGGCUGGUCAGAGAGGAACUUUACUUGAAGAUGCUGAUGUACAGAUUAUUGGGAAUGACAUCACUCUUGUAGCUGGACAGUCCUGGCAAAGAAGGCAACAAGGCAGCAGAGAGACUCAACAAUUUGAGGUUGUCUUCACUGAGAACCACUGGCGACGUCCUGAUGGCAUGCCCGCCACACGAGAACACUUAUUGAUGGUUCUGGCUGACCUGGAUGACAUCCUGAUCCGAGCGUCCUACUACACUGAGAUGCGCUCAUCCAGUAUAUCCGACAUCAGCAUGGAAGUGGCAGUGCCCAACUACAGCGGCCUGGCGCAGGCUCUGGAGGUGGAACAGUGCCGCUGCCCACCUGGAUACCAGGGUCUUUCAUGCCAGGACUGUGCGGCCGGAUAUUCUCGCACUGGUGGAGGGUUAUACCUGGGCCACUGUGAGCUCUGUGAGUGCAACGGCCACUCAGACUCCUGCCACCCCGAGACUGGCGUCUGCACAAACUGCCUGCACAACACUCAGGGUGAGCUCUGUGAGCAGUGCGCUUCCGGCUUUUUCGGUGACCCCACUGUUGGCACACCAGAGGACUGCCAGCCCUGCGCCUGCCCUCACACUGACCCAGACAACCAGUUCUCUCCUACCUGUGAGAGUCUUGGAAAUGGAGGCUACCAAUGUACUGCCUGUCAACCUGGAUACACAGGCCAGUACUGUGAGCGAUGUGCUCCCGGUUAUGUUGGUAACCCACAGCUGAGACAGAAGUGUCGUCCAUACGAUGCUGCAGCAUCUUUGGUGGUGAAGGUGUAUCCAGAGAGGGUGCUGACAACACAUGGUUCUCAGGUCACGCUGAGGUGUCAGGUUUCUGUUUCUCCUCCACAUUACUUUUACUGGUCCAGGGAGGACGGGCGACCCAUCUCAAGAAGUGCUGAACAACGCAGAAAUGGAGCAGAACUGUACUUCUCUAGUGUCCAGCCAAGUGAUGCCGGUGUUUACAUCUGUACGUGCCGGGACCAGCGCAGCACCAACAGGAGCCGUGCUGAAAUUGUUAUCACAAGUGUCCCAAUCAAAGACAUUGAGGUGACAGUUGAGGAACCCAAAGCUCAAACAAUCAGGGUGGGAUCCACUGUAAACUUCAUCUGUACUGCAAAAAGCAAGUCGCCUGCAUACACGCUAGUCUGGACCCGACAGGGUAACGGGAAGCUUCCCAACCGGGCAAUGGACUUCAACGGCAUCCUAACCAUUCAGAAUGUCCAGCCAGAAGACGCCGGCAUAUACGUCUGCACAGGCUCCAACAUGUUCGCUAUGGACGAGGGAAAUGCCAUCCUCUAUGUGCCAGAGGCCUCACAGACACAGAUGUUUUACACAGCCUAUGAAAUGUUUGAAGGACACAGAAAGCCUGCAGAAGGGGCUCAGCCUGUGGCUACCAUCAGCCCGUCUUCACUGACAGUCCAGCAGGGCCAGAGGGCCGAGUUUCGCUGUACAGUGACCGGCAACCCGAGUCCUGCCAUCGAAUGGAUCGGGGGUCCUGGUAACAGAAUGAGUCCCCGAGCAGUGAUAAGAGGCAACAUGUUGACCUUUUCAGCAGUGGACCAGGCAGAUGAGGGAGAGUACGGCUGCAAAGCUCUGAACACCCACGGCGAACACACAGCACGGGUUCCCCUCUUUGUUAGAAAGUCGAAUCCCAAUGGUCUCGGCACACAACCCAAAGUCCAAGUCAGUCCCCAAAACAUUGACGCUCAUGAGGGAGACACAUUGAGGUUGUACUGUCGCGCAACAGGAUCCCCAACCCCGAAACUCACCUGGCUUAAAAAUGGAGGACAAAUCCCACCACAGGCCAUUCCCUCACAUGGUUUCCAUCAGUUUAAAAGCAACAGUGUCGAUGUGUUACACAGACGUAUUGAGGAGCUUCAGGCCAGCAUGGACCGAACCGAUAUUGGCACGCUGCUCAUCCCAAAUGUAAAGGUAUCGGAUUCAGGCACAUACAUGUGUGUUGGCAGCAACAGUGUAGGUUCAAAUAGUGCACCCAUUAAAGUUUCAGUGCACAAAGGGGAACAAACUUCCUCAAUUGUCAGAAUCCAGCCAUCGGAAGCAGACGUCCAAGAGGGUCACGACCUCUACCUCAAUUGUAUCGUGUCUGGAAAUCCUCCUCCUCGAGUCACUUGGUCAAGAGCUAGCGGAAGACUGUCGUCCAAUCACGAGGUUGUUGACAGUCAGCUUCGUAUCCUGUCAGCGACCCCAGACGACUCGGGAGAGUAUAUCUGUCAAGUGCAGAGCACUCCGGGAUAUCAAGUCCACCGCGCCACUGUCUCAGUGUCUGUCACAUCGUCUUCCUCACGUCAUCAAAGUCCAAUCAUCGCCAUUGAGCCUCACAGUGCUGCAAUACGUGCUGGCGAGUCAGCCAGCUUUAGGUGCAAGGUGUACAGUGGGGCUCAACCAGUCAGAUUGGAGUGGAAACUAUCGGGCAACCAACCUCUACCAGACAAUGUCAAGGUUGACCCUGAUGGUUCUGUGAUUACCAUUGUGAAUGCUCAACCCAUGAAUCAUGGUGCUUACCGUUGUGUGGCCAGCAACCCGUUUGGUAUCACCCACACUAUUGUGUCCCUGAUUGUGAAAGAGGCUCCUGUGGCCACUGUCACUCCUGUUGGGCCAGUGCACAUUCGGGUGGGUGACCCUAUUAACCUGGAAUGUCAGGCUUCAGGAGAGCCCCGCCCUUCUGUCUCGUGGCACAGAUUGGAUAGCAACCGCAAGAUCCAGCUGAGCAGCCCCGUUCCCAUGGAGUCCAAUGCAGUCAUGCAGAUACUUGCAGCUCGCCCCGAAGAUAGUGGCACAUAUGUGUGCGUAGCACGCAGCAACGAAGGUCGGACUGAGACUAAGGUUGAAGUCAUUGUGCGGGGGGACACUCAACUGCCCUCGGUGCCUCGAGUCAUAGUUCCCGAGCCACUGAUGAUUGUGGUAGAAGGACAGACAGCAACCCUACGCUGCACUGCACAUGGUUUCCCCACCCCAACUAUUACAUGGUCCAAAUUGCGGUCACCUCUGCCUUGGAGACAUAAAGUGGUGGACAACAACCUGGUACUUCCCAACGUGGGACGCCAAGACUCUGGGGAAUAUGUGUGCAUUGCCACCAACAACAUGGGCACUACUGAAGUUACAAUUUCGCUGGAUGUGGAAACCCCUCCAUAUGCUACUUCUGUGCCCGAUGAUGUGGCUGUGCGCGUCGGGGAGGUGAUCAGGUUGCAGUGCCUGGCUCAUGGCACUCCUCCAGUGACCUAUAUUUGGUCCAAGCUGGAUAGUGCGUUGCCCUCCAGGGCCCAGGUCAGUGACGGAGAUCUCCAGAUCAAUUUGGCUACUGAAGAGGAUGCUGGGAACUACAAGUGUGUAGCAACCAACAAAGUUGGCCAAAGUGAAGUAGUGGCUAAAGUUACAGUCAGAUCACCUUUGGCGGUACGUGUGUCCCCUCAAGUGGAGGUGAAGGCUCAGGGCAGCGCUGUGGAGUUCACGUGUUCAGCAGCUGGUGGAGUAGAAACUAAAAUUGAGUGGCUCAAAGAAGGAGGUGUCCUUCCCCCAAACCACCAUGUGAAGGACGGUGUGCUAAGGAUUGAAAACCUUGAACAGAGCAAUGAAGGUGUUUACAUCUGCAGAGCAAGCAGCGUCUAUGGUCAGGCUCAGGAUGCAGCCCGACUCACUAUCCAAGCUCUGCCCAAGGUAAUGAUCAACGUGCGGACCUCAGUGCAGACUGUAAUGAUUGGGAACUCCGUGGAGUUUGAAUGCCAAGCUGUUGGUGACCCCGAGCCCACUGUAAGGUGGAGCAAAGUGGGUGGGCCUCUACCAACCCACAUUGUAGUGAUGGGUGGAAUGCUGAAGAUUGAGCAGGUGACCGAGGCAGACGCGGGACAGUAUCGCUGCACGGCCACCAAUGAUGUAGGGUCAGUGCAGUCCCAGGUUGUCCUCAAUGUCCAGUCGCUUCCUCAAAUUUCUUCACUUCCCGAAACAAAGGAGGUGACUGUUGGUUCCGAUGCUAUCUUGCCAUGCAUGGCAUCAGGAUAUCCUGUACCAGAGAUCAAAUGGUCCAAGCUCAGAGGUGAACUACCUCCCAAGUGCUUCCAAGAAGCCAAUGUGCUGACGGUCCCUCGGGUCUCGCAUAGCGAUUCGGGGACGUACGUGUGCACCGCAUCAAACAAGCAGGGCAAAGUAGAAGCAUUCACUAGACUGGAUGUUCAUGAAAGAGUGAUGCCGUACUUUGCCCAGGAGCCACUGUCGUAUCUCACCCUACCCACCAUUAAAAACGCUUACAAGGCUUUUAGCAUUAAAAUCAACUUUCGGCCCGACAAUGUUGAUGGUCUCAUAUUGUACGCUGGUAUGAUCCUUUACAACGGUCAGAAGAGAACCACAGGAGCAGACUUUAUUUCUUUAGGCCUUGUAGGUGGCCGUUUAGAGUUCAGGUUUGAUGUGGGUUCAGGCAUGGCCACCAUUCGUGAUCCCAACCCCGUCAAACUAGGAGAAUUCCACACAGUCGAGUUGUAUCGCAACCUUACCCUCGGUUACAUCAAGGUGGAUGGAGGCGAGCCUAUCAAUGGCAGUUCGCAGGGCAAGUUCAAAGGCUUGGAUUUGAAUGAGGAGCUACAUGUGGGUGGUUACCCCAACUUCACUUUUCUGGCCAAAACUGCUGGCAUUAAGACUGGCUUUGUCGGUUGUAUUCGCCAGCUGGUCAUUCAAGGCGAGGAGGUCAUCUUCAAGGAUAUGGAUCGUACCUCCACGGGUGUUACGAACUGUCCUACCUGCAAAGAUCGACCGUGUCAGAACGGAGGGAGGUGUGAGGACUCGGAUACCAGCUUGUAUACGUGCAGCUGUCCCAGGGGAUUCACUGGCAGCAACUGCCAGCACCACUCAUCUCUUCACUGCCACUCAGAUGCCUGCGGACCAGAUGCUACUUGUAUUAAUCGGCAAAAUGGCCUGGGCUAUGAUUGUCGCUGCCACCUGGGAAAAUUUGGAAACAAAUGCAUGGAUGGGGAAUUGAUUACCACUCCUCUGUUCGGCGGGGAUGAGUCAUACAUCUCCUAUCCUCCGCUGACCAAUGUCCAUGAUGACCUGCGAGUUGAAAUGGAGUUCAAACCCAUUGAGAGAGAUGGUCUGAUGUUCUUCUGCGGAGGGAAGAAAAUGAAAGUGGAGGACUUUGUGGCUAUCUCCAUGGCUGAUGGACAUGUGGAGUUCAAGUAUGAACUGGGCACAGGCCAGGCAAUCCUUCGUAGUCGAGAACCAGUCUCUCUGGGCCAAUGGCACAGAGUCGUGGCCGAACGGAACAUGCGGGAUGGGCACCUCAGAGUUGACCAUGGCACAGUAGAAAAGAGGACUUCUCCUGGAAAAGCCCAGGGCCUCAAUAUCCACACCGCGAUGUUCCUGGGAGGUGUCCCCAACAUGGAGAUCCUGCCAAAGCCUGCAAAUGUCAGCAAGAUGUUCGAGGGCUGUGUUGGAGAGGUCUUGAUCAACAACAAGAAGGUGGAUCUGUCCUACAGUUUUACAGCGAGUAAAGCAAUCCGCAAGUGUGUGGACACAAGCCCUUGUGACCGACGGCCCUGCUUGAAUGGAGGUCACUGCAUGCCCAAUGCUGAGUAUGAGUACCAGUGCCUCUGUAAGGAUGGGUUUGAAGGUGAGCGCUGCGAGAUCAUGAAAGACGUGUGCCAGACUGACUAUGAGUGCCAAAAUGGUGGCAGCUGUGUCAGCGGUCACUGUGUGUGCCAUUCUGGAUUCACAGGCCUCAACUGUGAAAAAAGCCAGGUUUCCAGCGUCUCUCAGGCCACAUGGAAUUCAGAAGCUAGCGAGGCUAAUGACUCUCCCUAUCAGUAUGCAGCUCAUUUCCAAAAUGAUGGAUACAUUGCACUUCCUAAAUCCAUCAUGCAAAGGAGCGGACAUAACUCGCUGGAAACUAUCGAAUUGGAGAUCAACACUCUCGCUUCUGAGGGUCUGAUCCUAUGGCAGGGAGUCGAACCCACUGGCACACUCACUUUGCGAAAGGUGCAUGCUAGUAAAAAGGAACUUGGAGAGCACGGCAAAGGCAAGGACUUUAUUAGUCUCGGAAUUCACAACGGAUACCUCAUUUUCAGUUACCAGUUGGGAAGUGGCGAGGCAAAGAUCAUGUCGCGGGAGACAAUCAAUGACGGAAAAUGGCAUAAAGUAAAAGCAGUGAGGACUGGCAAAGAUGGCUACAUCCAAAUUGAUGGAGGAGCUGCGCUACACGGUCAGUCAAAAGGAAAAAGUAUCAUGGUCAACACAAAAGGCCACCUUUACCUUGGUGGAGCUCCAGACAUGGCGGCCAUGACUGGAGGGAAGUUUUCUUCUGGAAUAAGGGGGUGCGUGAGGAACCUAUCCCUGAUGAACGCCCGCCCAGAAGAUCAGCGGAUCCAGACCAUCGAUCUGCAAGCCCAUGCGGCUCACAGCGUCAACGUGCAGCCAUGCACGUCAUAG